AUGCCUGCCGGUCCAGGCGAGAGUCUGAUCACCACUCUCUUCGGAGAUGUUCACUACUAUUUCAACGACCCGACUUCGAAACCACUUCAUCACCGAUUUGAUCGAGGGAGCUACGUCUACCUGUAUCACAACGCUGUCCAGCGCCAGACCAAGUUAGAGGUCGCAAAUGCGGCCGGAACCCCAGAUCAAGAUGCUUUCCAUGGAUACCUCAAUCAUGCCCAUAUCCGCUACUCGCAUCUUCAACCCAACCUCAUCACGCUGGUCAUCAACACCUCCGCUCUGUCAGACCACUCUACCUGGCACUUGCCGAGCUUCGACCUUACGAACCAACAAAAGUACUUGCACAAGAUCCACGCAUUGGACAUAUACCUUUGGACGGAGAAAGAUGCCGCGACACUGUUGAAUCAUUUGAAGUCUGUCGUUAGUCCUGAUCGUAUGGAUAUCAAGAACGCGCCAGCAUCGAGAUCAUCGUAUGCUUCAAAUGAGCACCAUGACUCCAUGAGCCCAGUCGUACAACAACUGGAAAAGACGGCGAUUGGUAGUCAGUUCGCUCCACGCUCGGCUAGCACAAUAUCUGCUAGCUCGUUCGCAGGACCUCCCACCGCUCCCGCCAGCUCAUUUGCAGGACCUCCUACAGCUCCAGUAAGUUCGUUUCCCGGACCUCCAACCGCUCCAGUCAGUUCCUUUGCUGGGCCCCCAACCAGCGCUGCUCCUGUCAGUACACCACCGCCUGUUAUGGGCUACAACCCCGCUGCGCCUGCUGCACCAGAACCUGUGACCUAUCGCGAGCCUACGCCUCCACCUCCAGAGGACGGUACUGGCACGGGUCUGCAGAAUAUCGGUAGAUAUGACAAUGGCCCACAACUCCAAUCCGCGACAGGAUUUCAGCCCCAGCAAAGCAGCUUCAUGCCCUCAAAUCAGUCGCCAGCGUACUUCACAGGUCCGCCAGCUGCUCAGCGACCUGGUCCACCAGCCCACACGCCAUCAUUUGGCCCCACGGCCACCAGCACAAUCUCUCACAAUCCCGCCAACCCAACCGCAUCACCUCCACCACCACCACAACAGCAGCCCGGCCAAUACGCCAAUAUUCCCGCCCACCUCCAACAGCAAUUCGCCAGCUAUCCAGGCACACCCGGCUUCAACCAAACCUCACCACCUCCGCCUCCACCAAACUCCACCCAAACCUCUCCGCCGCCACCCGUCGGCGGCUACAGCUCCUACUCAUACACCAACCCACAAACCCAACAGCAAAGCCACUCUGCUGCGGAUGUGCAUUCACAGGUCUAUCGACCCACAGAAGCAGAGAGCUCUGGACACGGACCGAAGAGCUUCUUCAAACGCACGGCGACAGAUGGAAGUACGGGCUCGAAGAAGGACACCAAAAAGGACACCAAGAACCGGCUGAAUGAUGGAAUUCAAGGAAUUGACAGCAAAGUCUCGGGAUUACUGGGUCGUCUGGAUAAAAUGAAUGGCAGGAUCUGA